AUGGCUGUUGAACAAUUCAUUAAAAAGGGAGACGAUGCUCUCAAGUCCAAAGACUACCUAGGGGCAAUUGAUAGUUAUUCAAAAGCAAUUAAAGAAAAUCCACAAGCGUUCACUGCAUUUUUGAAAAGAUCUACUGCCUACCAAAAAUUAAAGAAUGGUGACAAUGCAAAGAAAGAUAUCUCAAGUGCAUUUACCAUUGCCUCUGAAAGAGGAAGGAGAUCCGAAAUUGGGUUAUGUUAUUUCAAGUUGGGUUUGAUUUAUUAUCAGGAAAAGAAAAUCAAAUUGGCAUUAACUCAAUUUGAAAAAGCAAAGGAGUACGAUUGUAAGGAACUGACUUUGGAUAUGUGGAAAAACAAAGCGGAAUAUGACUUGAAGACUCAUCCUGAGUUAAAUGUUGAAGAUGAUGAAGACGCUGAUGAGGAACAAAUUAAUUUUGAUUCAAUAGUUGAAGAUGACUCAAAUUAUGCCCAAUCAUGUGAUAAACCAGAGCCAAAACCAGAACCAAAAAUAGUUGAAUUGAAGGAUGAUGAAGAGAGCGAAUCAAAACCAACUUCAACAGCUAAACCAACAGCUAAACCACAAGAAGAAACUCCAAAAUCUAGCAAUAUUGAUGUUCUUAACAAGAUUGCACCAUUGAAUGUUAAAAUUAGAGAUGACUGGUAUCAAUCAAACGAGGAGGUUAUCAUUACCAUUUAUGCCAAAAAGAUCAAUGAAGAUAAAUUAACAGUUGAUUUUGAUUCAAAAUCAGUUUCAAUUUCAUUUCCAAGUGCUGCGAAUUCCGAGUACAAUUACCACUUGGACCCAUUAUACGCCGAAAUUAUUCCAGCAGAAUCCAAAUACAAAGUCUACUCAACCAAGUUAGAGAUUACAUUGAAGAAAAAAGAGGCUAAUAAAUGGGCCGGUUUAGAGGCAGAAGCGCAAGAAGAAGAUAAUACCACAACAACUGGCGAGAGCUCCAAGAAGGAACAAUCAUCUGGUAUUGCCUAUCCAACUUCUUCAAGAAAGAAGGUGAACUGGAAUAAUUUCAAAGUAGAUGAUGAUGACAAAGAUGAAGGGGAUACUAAUGCAUUUUUCCAAAAGAUUUUCAAAGAUGUUGACGAGGAUUCAAGAAGAGCCAUGAUGAAAAGUUAUAUUCAAUCUAAUGGUACUGUUUUAACAACUAGUUGGGAUGAAGCCAAGGAUAAAGAAUUCGAAACAUCUCCACCAGAGGGAAUGCAAGCUAAGAAGUGGGGUACAUAA